GCGCUGGCUCUCGCUCGCUGGCUCUGGGAUGGAUUUUCCGCGGCCUAGCCUGGACUCCGGACCAGCCACCAUCUUAGAGGAGAGGAGCGGGCUGUGCAGCGGGACGGAGGGGCUUUGAGGUCGGGCCCUGCCGCAGACAGAUACUGGGAACCAGCUCUACUAUUAUUUAUAUACUGAACAUUUUGAUGUCAUGGAGGUACUGUUUUCAAAAGGCCUGCACGUAACUGGCUGAAAAAAAUGGCUCCACAAGAUGACAAUCUCAGCCCUAAUAUGGUCUAAAUGGAGACAGCUUUCAUCUUGACAGUGGCAGCUUGAAGUCUAUUAAAGUCCAAGCAUUUAUUUUGUUUUUAAAAAUUAUUGUGCAGUGUGAAACACAGAAAACAAGAAACUGGCUAUAUAGGGGAAGUGGAGAUGCUAAAUACACACAUUGCAGUCAAAUGCAAAAGAAAACUGAAAAGUAGGUUACAAAUGGUGUGGGUUUUUAUCAUGAACCGAAUGAGCUCCCAGUGCAGUUCCUCCACUCAGCGUAAGCGAAUGGCUCUUGGAAUUGUCAUUCUUCUACUUGUUGAUGUGAUAUGGGUUGCCUCCUCAGAACUCACUUCAUAUGUUUUUUCGAAGUACGAGAAGCCUUUUUUCAGUACCUUUGCAAAAACGUCCAUGUUUGUUCUAUACCUCUUGGGAUUUAUUGUUUGGAAACCAUGGAGGCAACAGUGUACACGUGGAUUUCGUGGAAGGCAUGCAGCUUUUUUUGCAGAUGCUGAAGGUUAUUUUGCUGCUUGUACAACAGAUAACACUGUAAACAGUUCUUUGAGUGAACCUUUGUAUGUUCCUGUAAAGUUUCAUGACUUACCAAGUGAAAAGAGUGGCAGUGCUAAUAGUGAUACUGAAAAAACUCCCAAAAAGCCUCGUGUAAGGUUCAGUAAUGUUAUGGAGAUUCGACAACUCCCAUCGAGCCAUGCAUUGGAAGCAAAGUUGUCUCGCAUGUCAUAUCCAACUGUUAAGGAGCAGGAAUCAAUAUUAAAAACUGUAGGGAAACUCACUGCAACUCAAGUAGCAAAAAUCAGCUUUUUCUUUUGCUUUGUGUGGUUUUUGGCAAACUUCUCUUAUCAAGAAGCACUCUUACAUGCACAAGUUGCCAUAGUUAAUAUCGUAUCUUCAACCUCUGGACUUUUUACCUUAAUCUUAGCUGCAGUGUUUCCAAGUAACAGUGGAGAUCGGUUUACCCUUUCCAAACUGUUAGCUGUCGUUUUAAGCAUUGGCGGUGUAGUACUUGUUAAUUUCUCUGGGUCUGAGAAAUCUCCAGGAAGAGGUACAAUAGGUUCCCUAUGGUCUCUUGUAGGAGCAAUGCUGUAUGCUGUCUAUAUAGUUAUGAUAAAAAGAAAAGUAGACAGAGAAGAUAAGCUUGAUAUACCAAUGUUCUUUGGUUUUGUAGGCCUCUUCAAUCUGCUGCUGCUAUGGCCAGGUUUCUUCCUACUUCAUUAUACUGGAUUCGAGGCCUUUGAGUUUCCCAAUAAAUUGGUAUUGAUGUGCAUUGUCAUUAAUGGCCUUAUUGGAACAGUUCUGUCAGAAUUCCUCUGGCUGUGGGGCUGCUUUCUUACCUCAUCACUGAUAGGCACACUUGCGCUAAGCCUUACAAUACCUCUGUCCAUAAUAGCUGACAUGUGCAUGCAGAAGGUGCAGUUUUCCUGGUUAUUUUUUGCAGGGGCAAUCCCUGUAUUUUUCUCAUUUUUCAUUGCAACUUUCUUAUGCCAUUAUAACAACUGGGAUCCAGUGAUGGUAGGAAUCAGAAGAAUUUUUGCCUUUAUCUGCAGAAAGCAUCGAAUUCAGAGAAUGCCAGAGGAAAGUGAGCAGUGUGAAAGCCUCAUCCCUAUGCAUAGUGUUUCUCAAGAAGGAGAAAACUGCUGUUCAUAGGCAAUAGUUUCAAGAUGGUUUCAUACUCAGCGAAGAGACAAUCUCCUGUAAAGUCCAUAAGGAACCAUAUUUCAGUGCCUAUUCUACAUUUGGGAAAAAAAGUUUCAAUUCUUUUGAAACUAAACUUUUAUUUUCCUAUAAUUGCCUGUCUUCAUCUAACUCUAUCAACGAACAAUUUCACUAUGUGCAUAUCACUACAACUAUAGGAAAUCCCAGUCCAUCUAAACAACCAACCUGCCUUAUAAAACUCAACUUGAAAUUACUUGAUAUAAUCAAGAAAGCAAAUGCUGGUCUGGUGAUUUAUUUUUUGUUUUCACAUUUUUGUUAAAUGCUGGACAACAAGUUGUUCAAAAAUUACUUUAAAAAUGAAUACGUUAAUAAGUCUGCAGGUCGUCAUUUCUUACAGGCUCAGAUGAAAAAAGCUAAAUAUGUAGCUUACUUGUAAUAGGUACGGAUUAACAUUUUUGUAUAAAGUCUAUUUGAAUAUUAACACAUGAAAUUAGAAAAAAUAUCUUAAUUUAUUAAAUAAGUACAUUUUUGCAACUGUUAGAGCAGGAUGUAUGCAAGUUUCUGGAACAUUACGUAUAUUGCUUUAUCCCAUUUUAAAAAUCCUUGUAAUAGGAAAGGGUGCUUUGUGUUUAAAAAUCUGCUAUGACCUAACAAUCUGAAACUUUUAAAGACGUGUUAGUAUAAAAAGGUUAUGUAUUUUUAAAGGCGGUAAUUACCAUAAAUUUGGCUGGACAAGCACUUGAUGUAAAAGUUCAUAAUUCAGGGUCAGUCUCUUUUUGAAAACUUAAUAGUCAAAAUUAUUUAAUAUGCAAAAUUGUAAAUAAUUCCAAGAUGCCAUGUGCACAGCUGCUUAUUUGAGGGGAAAAAACCAUCAAGUAAACUUCUAAAUUUUGUAGUUACUCUCUUAAUCUCAACUCAAAUCUUCCAAGCAAUUUUAAAGCUAGAGAUAAUCAUGUUGACUUCGUUUUCCUAAUGAAAUUAUUGUGUAAUGGCUAACUUUCACUGUGACCUGAGUUUUCUUCCCUACUGCAAUGCUGCUGUUCUGUUUGGUGCUGAAAGGUAACGAAUUAAUAAAUAUAUUCACAAGAAU